UUUAACAGAAUCCGACUUGUUUUGUGCGCAGGAAUGGACAUGAAGUCAGGAAGAGAAGGUGGAACGUGGAUUGGGAUGAAAAGUAAUGGCAAAUUUGCUGCUACUACGUUUUACAGACAGUCGAAAAAGUUCACUACCUCUAAAGCAAAAGGGAGAGGCCACCUUGUUUCAGACUUUCUGAAGGGUGACGAUGACGUUGAGAAUCACCUCAAGAAAGUAAGUAACGAAGGAGACCUCUACAAUGGAUUCAAUCUCUUGGUGGGUGAAUUGUCACCAAAUGGUGAGACCAAGGUGGGAUGGUACUGUAACAUUGAAAAUAAACAAGUCACAAUGUUGAAACCUGGGAUUCACGUUUUAUCGAACAAAACGUUGAACUGUUCUUGGCCCAAGAUGGGUUAUGGGAAAAAAAGAUUCGCCAGAAUAAUAGAAGAAACUUCAACUAAAGAAGAUCUUGUUGACGAGCUGCUCUGGCUGCUGAAGGCCCGUCAGAGAUCUUUUAGUGUAAGUUGCGGUGAUCACAACAACUUCAUUGCGGCUCAAGAUGAAGGGUUCGAUGAAGCUCUUAUUGAGGCGUCACGGGCAGUCUUUGUCAGCCAUCAAGUUAUGAAUUUUGGAACAAGAACCAACACAGUGAUGUUAGUUGAUGCCAAUGGACACGCUACGUAUGUUGAGAGAACCAUGGACGAGAUUGCCUCUGACCCUGAUGAAGCAGAGUGGACAGUGAACUCCUAUGAGUUUGAAAUGUUCCAGAAGACUGGUAUCUGCACUGCGCACGAAAAAUCAAAAGAAAAACCUAAAAGAAGGAAGAAAGGCAUUUGGAAUGUAGAAGCGAUCCUGGAGAAAUCCUAGCUUGCAAAUAAAAUGACGUUAUAAUAAAUCAGACAAUUGUUUACUCACCCAAAAAGCAUCAAGCUACAACAAUAUACGUGUGUUUGCUCAAUGAGGAAACACUUGUUAGUAGGUAAAGGCAUUUACAAGUUUUGAUGGCAAAAGAUAAACGCGAUGCGGAUUUGUUAAUUCAAUUACAUGAGCCGUGUUUUAAUUUUAUCUCGAACUGCGGUUCCCGAGAGUUAUUGGCGAAACCAAAGACUGCGAGGAGCACUACGAGAAUAACCAAAUCAUUAAAAUCACGAUUUCAACCGAAAUUUGUCGUACCGCUGAUAAAAAAUGCUGAGUAAGCUUCGCUAGACAACAAAACAUCCAGAGCCAUAAACAAUAUUUAUUUUUUCAUACCAUUAACAAGAUAAAAACUGAACCUAUACUUUGAUUCGCAAAACCAUUUCUGAGUAUUUAGAAAUCGACGAAAAUAAUGUUAAAAAUAGAUAUUUUUGUGAAGAAGCUAUGAACAGGCCAGUUGAAUCAAAUAAAUAUUGCAGUGAUAUAGUUCUAAAGUACUGAGAAAAAUAAUGUAGAUUCCAGUGGUCUGGUUAUCUGUUAGUUUCCUUUUCCAGAACUGAGACACACACAAAGUAACGAACCAGUCCACCAUGUAUACGUUGUAAACACGUCAUUACUUAACAGUAAAAUUAUAUGCGCAUUCAAUGCUCUUUACUUUGAGAUAUAUAUCCAGUAUGAAACCUUUUUUAGACUUUCCACAGCCUCCCUUUCUGGUAUCAAGCUUAUGAAAGGCAAAGGCACACAAAAACUACACACAUGAUGGGAGAAGCCUGAGAUUUAGAUAAAGG